AUGCCUCAUCCCAAUAGGUUCCCCAGCUCACCGGGCCUGCGAGAUCCCUCCAAGCAGGCCUUGGAUGAGCUUCUCCUCUCCCGACCACAUUCAAUGUCUCAUCCGAAACCAUCCCUCCCCCGCUCCUCCGUUCGAAGCUUCUCUACUCGGCGCCCUCGUCCUUCCGUCGCGUCGAUAGCGGACCUUUUUGUUGGCUCCCUUGUCCUGGCAGGUUUCUGUCACGAGCACUCACCACGCGGUCGAGGCUUGUCUACACUACACCUGAGGACAUCAGAACCUAAUUUACGAAGGUUCAGGGGCAGAGAGGGGGUGGACCGUGGUGAAAGCCCAGCACGGCGACGUUGGGAAUUCUCAGGACCAGUCCAGCAAUCGCGACAAAGGUCAUGGCUUUGCCAUGGCCUGGAGCCGGUGGAGGAAGAUACCCAAGAGAAACACAAUUUGACAUUUCAAGCAAGAGAGAGAGCAAAGGAGAAUAAUUAUCACGCGCUGCCCCGGCUACCACAGGUUCCGGACAGCAAAUCGCAACAGUACUUCGAAGAACAAUUUUUCGAUUCAAUACCGGACGUCCGUCGAUUGACAGAUUUCCCGAAAGAAAUAAUCAACGAUACACAUUCAGAGGCAGCAACAGAGCUUUAUAAGGAGAGCCCAUCCCUCACGCGAGACGAAAGAGUGCGAAAUGCCGUCUCCGGCAUAUUCCAGCGGUUGUUCGGAGAUAAAUACGAUUUGGAAGAUGCCGUGGAGGCUGUACUACCUAAACAGACCUUUAUCCGACAAGUGGACGACACGCGCGACAUGAUUGAGAGUCCAUCAGUUGCUAGGCUUGUCGAAGCACUGCCCAGCCAAGAGCAGGCAACGACUCAAUUUCUUUUUCGUUUAUACAGAGACCUUCCAGAGCCUGGUGUGGCAUAUUUAUCCAAAAUUUCACGCGGCCGCCUCUUGAGGCGACUUGCGACACCUGAGAAUCGACGUUGGGCAGAUGCCCGUCGCUAUCUUGCCUUGGUGGACGAUAUGGUUGCCGCAGGGCUUCCAAUGUCGCGCUCACUAUGGUCUACAGCAAUUCACAUGGCUGGUCGAAGCAAUAACGGGAGGGUGUCCAAACGACGCCUAGUUCACGCAAUUGGCCUUUGGCAGCAAAUGGAGCAUGUUGCUGGGAUCAAGGCUGACGACGUGGUCUUUAAUAUUUUAUUCGACGUUGCCAUCAAAGCCAACCAGUUCAUCGUGGCAGAUCGUUUGGAGGAAGAAAUGAGCAAAAGGGGAGUUCGUUUUUCACGUUCUGGACUAGUCUCGAAAAUAUUUUCAUGCGGCAUGCGGAGAGAUUUGGAUGGGAUUCGUGACACGUUUGAUUACUUUGUCAGGUCAGGAGAGCUAGUUGACACUGUCGUGCUGAACUGUGUCAUGUCAUCCUUUCUUCGGGCUGGUGAUAUUGAGACAGCGGAGCAGUUGUAUGGACGGAUGCUCAAAGCACAGGUCCAACACAAAAAGGAUUUAAGUACUGGCAUUUCUCAAGAUACCUCUCCGAGUCUCUCGCCAGAGUUUACAUUUUACCGAGCAAAAACCAGGGAGCUUGGUCGCCUGCUUAAAAAGUCCAAGGCUCUCAAGAAAAGCCUACCUGCUUAUCACCAUGCCCUUCAAGACUCUCUUCCCAUGACACCGGAUACACGAACAUUCUACAUCUGGCUUCAGCAUUGCACGCGCGUCACUGGUGAUCUGGACAUGUUCAUGAACGUUCUACGGGACAUGGAAAAGACUUUUGCAGUUCCACCUCGUCACCUGAUCUAUCUUUAUCUCUUUGAAGGAUUUGGUCUUCAUGGCCGCCGAAGAAAGAACUGGUGGACAGCAGAGAAGCUCCGAUUGACCUGGCUUUCUUUUAUACAGGCCGUGCGGGACUCGAAAGCGAGACAUUCUGGAUCUUACGGCAAUGCUCCAGCUAUAGUCUGGGAAAAUCCAUUGAAAUUCGUGGAUGUGGAAGCCGAGAUACCGAUCGAAAUGUCUGCCAAGCCCGAUGAGUUCUACGUGAGUUUGCCGUCUACGGGCGGAGUUCCCUCUGCAGGAGAGGAAGUCUCAACCACACCAGAAGAAAGUCCACAUUCCUCUGGCUCCAUCGAAAACCGAACCUACGAAGCCGAUCUUGAUGACGAUGACGUCCAUGAAGAAGACGAAUUCGAAGAUGAGGACGCCUCCGAGGACCAAUCCUAUAACGACAUUGCGAAUCCUAGCUUUGACGCAGAGGGAAUUUUCACAUCUCGCCCAUUUUCUCUCAACGAGGGCGAUCUCAAUUACCAGAAUCCUGAACAGUUGACACCCCGUCUCGAGAAUGGCGUGUUCGUCGGACGACGCAUGAUUAUUCUCAUUCUACGGGCUUUUGGAACCUGCUAUGGACCCCAAGAGGUUAUGGAAGUCUGGUUGCAACUUGAACAGCUCUGGUCGCCUAAUAAGCGCAAGGCAAUUGAUGUACUUGCCGUGAAAGAGGUGAUUGAUGAGCAAAUGUCGCGGAACCCACGACAAAUGUAA